UUCUCUGUCCCCGCGACCUUCCCCCCCUCCGCUGCUGCACCCCCCCCCCCUCCGAUGCGGAGAAGUAAACUCUUUUCACUCCAAACAGGAAACACUUUUAACUCUAGAAACAGGAAGCACUUUUAACUCUAGAAACAGGAAACACUUUUAACUCUAGAACCUUUCUAAACCAAUACAAAAAUUUGUCUUUCUAGUCAUGUGUCACAGCAGUAUCUCUGUUGUCACUUGCUGUCACAAGAGAUCCCAGCGCACCAGAAGGCAGCGCAACCUGAGUAACCUCCGCUCAUUUCAACAAACCUCAUCUGCUGUAACUUCCUUCUCUGUUGGCCUGUGGAACUGCCAGUCUGCAGGCAACAAAGCCAACUUCAUUUCAGGUUAUGCCAACCACCUCUCACUAGGGCUCUUAGCUCUCACUGAGACUUGGAUCAAACCUGAAGACACUGCUGUCCCAGCAGCACUCUCCACUAAYUAUGCCUUCUCCCAUACAUCUCGGCCAUCUGGUCGUGGAGGUGGGACGGGGCUGUUGAUCUCHGAAAACUGGAAAUUUACUCCACUGCUGUCCUCAAACAGGUAUGCCUCGUUUGAAUAUCAUGCAAUUAUGGUAACUGCUCCUGUUAAAACAUAUGUGAUUGUUAUCUACCGGCCACCAGGACAACUGGGCGAUUUCGUCCAUGAGCUGGACACCCUGCUGUCAUCCAUCCCUGACCAUGAGUGUCCAAUACUCAUCCUUGGCGACAUGAACAUCCACCUAGACAAUCCCAACUCGGCUGACUUUCGGACCCUGGUUCACUCGUUCGACUUACAACAGGUACCCACUCCCCCAACUCACAAAGCAGGGAAAGAGCUCGACCUCAUCCUUGCUCGGAACUGCACCACGGAAAACCUAACCGUAACCUCUCUCCAUCUCUCAGACCACUUCUUUAUUCGCUUUGAUGUUCGGCUCAUUGAGCAACCCUCUGUCCCUCCUCCUAUGGUCUCGUUCCGGCGCAACCUCCGCAACCUCUCUCCCACUCACUUUUCCUCCCUGGUUUCCUCUACUCUUCCACCUUUAUCCACCUUCUCCUCACUAGGUGUCAAUGAUGCCACAGAAUCUCUCUGCUCCACUCUAAGCUCAUGCUUGGACAGUUUGUGUCCACUUUCUACUAGACCUGCGCUGAGUGAUACCCUCCGAACGCAGCGCUCCAAUCUCAGAGCGGCUGAGAGAAAGUGGCACAAAUCUGCAGCACAGGACGAUCUUGCAAGCUACCAGACACUGCUGGCCUCCUUCUCAUCCAGCAUCACUGCUGCUAAGAAAACUUUUUUCAAUGACAAAAUCAACAGUGCAACUGAUGCUCGGAAACUAUUCUCCACCUUCAAAACUCUGCUCUACCCUCCCCCUCCUCCCCAAGCUCCUAACCUCACAGCCGAUAACUUUGCUUCCUUCUUCACAGAGAAAGUGGCAGCCAUUDGGAAACAGUUCAACCAACUGUCUUCCCCCCCUAAGGGCGCUACCAUCAAUAACUCAUCGUUUCCCUCUUUCACCCCUCUCACUGAGAGUGAGGUCUCCAAAAUCCUAGCAGGUAGCCGUCCAACUACAUGCCCG